GGUACGAGUCGCGCUGCAUCUUGGGUACACAACAUUAACUCCGUGGUGAUGCAGUGUGCCCGCGGCGUGUGGCCCGACAACCGAAGUUAAGUCUCACAGGCUCGGCUCGGGAGGUUUUUUUGAUUUCCCAACUUCCACAUUUCCAACGCGUUUGACUCUCGCGCUGCGCAAUGAGCCAACUUCUCCGGAGCGGACCGUGGCGCCUGUGAUCCCCGCAGCAGCAGCCCUCCUCACCGGGGGACAGAGCGAGAGCAUGACGGAGCCCCUCGCCCCGCUGCCUUUUGUCGGCUUCACUGGGAAAUGGUAGCGCGCACCGGGAAGCAGGGACCAUGGUCGAGAGGAGCAGCAAAUUCUUAUUGGUCGUGGUCGGAUCGGUUUGUUUUAUGCUGAUUCUUUACCAGUACGUGGCCCCGGGGGUGAUCAGUUUCGGCUCCCCACACGGCUACUUCACGGAGGGCGACGAGGUGGACAUCUUCCCAACCCCGGACCCGCACUAUGUGAAGAAAUACUACUUCCCCGUGCGCGAUUUGGAGCGAACUAUCGAUUUCCAAAUGAAAGGCGAGGACGUUAUAGUGUUCCUUCACAUCCAGAAAACCGGGGGGACUACGUUCGGGAGGCACCUGGUCCAGAACGUGCGCUUGGAGGUGCCGUGCGACUGCAGACCCGGACAGAAGAAGUGUACGUGCUACCGGCCCAACCGUAAGGAGACGUGGUUGUUCUCGCGCUUUUCCACCGGCUGGAGCUGCGGGCUGCACGCAGACUGGACCGAGCUCACCAACUGCGUGCCCGGCGUGCUCAACAAGAAGGAGAGCAAGAGCAAGAGCCCGAGAAAGUUCUACUACAUCACACUCCUGAGGGACCCUGUGUCGCGGUACCUGAGCGAGUGGAGACAUGUCCAGCGGGGGGCGACGUGGAAGACCUCUCUGCACAUGUGUGACGGUCGAACCCCCACCCCAGAGGAGCUGCCGUCCUGCUACGAGGGCUCAGACUGGUCCGGGUGCACGCUACAGCAGUUCAUGGACUGUCCCUACAAUCUGGCCAACAACAGACAGGUGCGUAUGCUGGCAGACUUGAGUCUCGUGGGCUGUUACAACAUGUCCACGGUGCCGGAGAAGAAGCGCGCUCAGCUCCUCCUAGAGUCGGCCAAGAAGAACCUGAGGGACAUGGCCUUCUUCGGGCUCACCGAGUAUCAGAGGAAGACCCAGUUCUUGUUCGAGCGAACCUUCAGACUGCGCUUCAUCCGGCCCUUCAUGCAGUACAACAGCACCAGAGCGGCAGGUGUGGACCUCGACAAUGCCACGAUCCAGCGCAUCGAGGAGUUGAACGAGUUGGACAUGGAGCUGUACGACUACGCCAAGGACCUGUUCCAACAGCGCUACCAGUUCACCAGGCAACAGGAGCGCAGGCAGCAGCGCCUCAAGCACCACCUGCAGUCCCACCAGGGCCUGGGGCUGGGGGUGAGUCUGUGGCCCUCCUCCCCCCAGGACGAGGAAGGGGCGGAGGGCAGGGACGAGCCAGAGGAGGCGGGGGGACGUACGGAGGAGAUGGUAGGCUCCAGACUCCCCACCGAAGACUACAUGAAUCAGAUUGUCAACCGCUGGUAGCAUAAGGACUACUGUGAAGGACUGUAGUGUAAAGGACUGAUUGAAUGCAUGGGCUGAAUGAAGGUGGUUUUGUGUCUUUGGCAAUUCUAUGAUUUAGAUUUUUUUUAAUGAUGAACUGAUUUUAUUUCUUACUAUCAGUACUAUUUUUUACAAAUUUUUAUAUCAAAUUUCAUUGUCUGUUUUUUGUCAUUUUAAAGGAAAAGUCUCAUUGUGUUUUUAUUUGUUUUGUUUUUGUUUUUUUUUUACAUUUUACACAUUUUUAUAGAAACUGUGGUAACCUUUGCAUUGAUAUUUUAAUUUAUUUGACCUUUUUUCCCCUUUUUUUCAGAAAAUGCAAAAAUAUGUAUCAAAAAUAAGCUUGAAUGAACAAGACACAAAACUACCUUCAUGAAACUCUGCAUUUGGCUCUGGGGGCGAGUCCAUAUGGUUGCUAUGGAACCCCAGGGCUCGGUGCGUUUAAUGCCAGGCCGACGUUAGAGCGCCCCCCCCCCCCCCCCGCCCACCAUUUGCUUCUGUCUGUCCCACCGUCUGAGCAGCCUCCUGUUCAGUCCUGUAUGGAGCAUGAUGAAUUUUGAACUAAUUCCCACUUUAUCCUCGCAAUGGACCAGACUAUUUCCUGGAAGACAAUGAAAGUAUAUGGGAUGACCAGAACAAUAUGAAAUGUGGGGAUAGAAGACUUAAAAUUACUUUCUGCUUUAAGAAAUCCACCAUUUUCCUCAUGAACAAGCUUGGAUCACGAUCAUUUUAGGAGAACGCAUCAUUCUGUAUUUUCCUUUUGUGUGUAUGCUUUUUUGAAAGCAGAAUUGUAAUAACACUGAGACCAAUGUUGCUGCCUAGAGAAUUCCUUUAUUCCUUUAUUUUUGUUGAUUUUAUUUUUUCAAAGCUGUUGGAUUGGAUCGUCGCACAGUCGGACCAUAGCCAUUUCUGAAGCCUUGAAACUUUGAUAAGAUUGUCUAAUUUGUCUGGGUAAGGCUUCCGUAGUUCCAGAAACUACACUAGGUUAGGUUAUGCUAGGCUGUGCUAGGCUAGGCUAAUUGUUUUUUAUCACAGACACAUCAGCUCAUCAACAUUGCUACCUUAAUUUGUAGUUUGUUUAAAAAAUCAAAUCUAUAAUCAAAAUUAUUAAGGCAUUAUUUGAAUGUCACCAUUUUUCACAUGUGAGUUUUAUUGUGUGUUUUUUUUUUAUCAUUUUUUUCUGUCUUUUUUUUUUUUUAGAUAGUUUUGAUUAUAUCUUUUUAUAUUAUUAAACUUAUAGGGCAUUAUAUUAAAUAAUUACAGUACUAUAUUUUCCUCUCCUUCCCAUCCCACUAUGCAGACCACUGGAAGAGCCACUUUCUCUGUACUACCAUGUAUGCAUUGUAAACGAGCAGUGUAGACCAACAGCCAAUGGGAGCGUCCUUUACUCGGAGACCUCUCACUAUGCAAGUGUGUGACUGGCCCAAACUACUUCAUUUUUCAAGUCAUGUUAACUUAUAUUCAUAUUCACAUUUUCACAGUGUAUUCCUUCCAGCACAGUCUUUGCUCCCGUGACUCUUUGGGGAGACUGACAGCCAAUUAGAGAGCUGGAUUUCGGUCUAGGUGAGGUAUCAAAGGCAGAGGGGGGUGAGGAGGAGGGGAGGGGGAGGUGGUUUGUUGCCGGGCCCCCCGCUGUGGAGCCGUGGAAGCCUUACCUCAGACAAAUGUGGAAGAUGUUGGAACUGCUGGUCGCCAUGGCAAUGUGUGAACCCACUGCACAUUUUGGUUCGGAGAGGUUUUUUUUUUUUUUUACUUUUAUGCAAAUGUUUUUUCCCCUCAAUUUUUAACUGUUAACAAAAUACAGCUGGUUUAAACUAAAGGAAAGGAUUGAAUGUGUCAGUUGAAUAUUCUCUUAUUCAUGUUGGUAAGCACUUAUAUAUUUUUUUAUAUAUAUAUAUACAAAAAGGGGUUACCAUUCUUGAAUAUUAUAAACUAUUUCUCUUGGCCACUGGUUUGUAGCUUAAAAGUGCUUAAAAUGAAAAUUAGGUUUGUUUAAUCUUUUUCAUAAUAAUUCAUAACAUGUUUAUCUAGCGCAAUUUGGGUUCGCUACCAUCCAUGACUUUGUUUCACCAGUAGAUGGCAGACGUGAAACCUGCCCCCCCCCCCCCCCGUCCUCUCACCUGGCCUUUGUUCAGACUCACCUGUGCUCUCUGGUCUUGUGUCAGGACAAAGCUGGCACACUAUCAGACGGACAUAACAUAGAUAGCAUCUACUGGUGGGAUGAUACAAAUAUUUACUAGAUGGAAAAACUUACCUUAAAUAAUUAAAAUUGGCUCGAUGUUUAUCGUAGUUUCAGUACAUUUUGAUUUGUUUUUGACUACUUUCAAAUUGUUUUCAUUCGUCAUUUCCAGUAGAAGAAUACGCAUUUUAUCUUAAGUGCAACACAACAUUUUUUCUUGUUUUAAAGCCACAGUGUGUAACUUUUUGCCAAAAAUCUAGACUAUAAUAAAAAUGGUUUGCUUGUAUUUAUUGCACAGGAAAACUUCUGUCCUUACUGUGAACGGGGCUUGAAUCUCCACAUACGUGACUCAUUUUUGGUCUGGAAAUGUUGUUUCUUUGACUAAAGUGUGAAGAUUUGUCACCUUCAGAAAGUUACAUACUGUGCCUUUAAGUGUAAUGUGACUUGUCUUUAUCAUAUUUCACUCGGCCCUUCGCUGUGUUACAGGUGAUGGGUUUGUAACUCAUCACUGUACGGUCUAUGAAAAAGUGGGUUGGCCAUCACUGUCUGUUAGAGAACAGCACUGCAUUAAGUUUAUCUAUAAGGGAUUACUUCAAAAACUGCCAGAAUACCUCACCUGCUUGUUAAUUAUUGAUACCGGAAUAUUUAACACCAGAUCACAUGACUGCAUAAGGCUAAGGACGAGCCACACCAGAACUGAGAUGGGAAAGAGGCUUUUAGCUGUUUUGCUUCUCAAAAAUGGAAUAUGCUCCAAGGAAAAGCAAAACUGGACACGGUGGUGACACAAUUGCAAUUUAAUAAUCUGAUAACAAACUUUUAUACACACACCUGCACUUGUUAUUGAUGUUUUUUAUGGACUUAUUAGUUUUGAUUGUUUUUUCGGUUUUGUUGUAUUUUAAACAGGGCACCCAUGAAAAAGAGAGCCCAAGUGCUCUCAUUGGGUCCCCCUGUAUAAAUAAAGAUAAAUAAAAUAAAAUAAAAAUAUUGUAUUACUGUAAUAGUCAAAUGAUGAUAAAAAGCUUCUACUUAAGUCAAACCAUUGUAGCUUUAACUUAAACCUCAUUAUAACUGGUUCACACGUUGCCAUUGGACUGAUCAGUAUGUUCCAUGUAUUUCCUUGAGUUGGUUUUGUUUGGGAGGAGGCCAAGCAGUGCCUCUCAGAAUGCAUACGUUUUGACUACUCAUGAAUGCCUGGUGUGUGUGUGUGUGUGUGUGUAAAUACCAUGUACAGAAUGCCUUCGGAUGUGAAUGCCUUUGUAAAAUAGCGUGCCUGAAAUUAUUUUUUUAAUUUGUAAUAAUUUCAUUCCAAUAUGGCGACAUGUGUGAUUCAAGCCGAUCCUGUUUGCCCUUUUAAACAAAUGUUUUCAGAAAAGUGAAUAAAAUGGCUUCUACAUUCUUAUGCAAUGUCAAAAUGUGUAUGGUCAGUGUUUUGUAAUUUUAUCCAAAAAUUUUCAGAUCCAUUCUCCAACUAUUAUCAGCAUUGUUAAUAUGGGGUAGCAGACAGGAGCAAGAGUAUUUUAUUUUAUUUUUGUUUCUUUUGCGUGCGCAGAGUGUAUAAUUAUUUUUCAUUAUAAUUUACAACAACAGCAAUAGUCGGUGCAUUCUCUGUAAUGUUGCUUCUGUCUGCUAAUCCAUAUUGUAAACAAAAAAAAAAAAAAAUUAUAUAAUAUUGUUUAAAAAAUUAUAAUUG